AGACAUGUCGUUAAUUACCAAGGAAUGCAUAUAUAAGUGGGCCAACUUCGUCAAGGCAAAUCCUACUAUUCUAAAAGAUACAAUUGCAAUUGGCCCAACUACUCAUUUAGUCAACCUUUUAAACUGUAUUUUGGGCAAGCCCACACCGGCAACACCAGUAUUAGCUCCCUAUAAAUAUUUUAACCAAGGGUUCCACUUCCUUUUCAAUAAUCAAUUGAAUUUAAAACUUGAUUCUGAUGGAUAUGAUACAUAUCAAGCACCAACUAAUGAAAAGGGGGAACAACUUUAUUUACGUCGAUUAUGGGCUCGUGGAGAAAUUCAGUUUCCAAACCAGUAUCCUAAGAUAAACACACCUAUAACAUGUAAGGAAAGUAUCAAGUCAGUAAGGAUUAUUGAAGAAUCAACUUUGGUUACUAUCGUGCGAGAAUUUCAGGAUGGUAACAAAUUAAAUUCAUUAUUGACGGAAAAUCGUACGUUGUCCUAUACUAAUGAGCUAUAUACACCCGGAGAGCCUGUAAAGCUUAUACUGCAAGUUAACGAGACUGAUAAGCACAUUCAAAUUUCGCCAAUUGAUUUACUCAAAUAUAGCAUGUUGACGUAUAAUCUCCAUAAGAUUCACAUAAAUCCAAACUACUGUCGUUCAAUUGAAGAUUUACCAACUACAAUAGUACAUGGGCCUUUCCAAGUGACCUUAUUACUUUACUGGUUUGCUUUGAACCAUCCAGGUAUAACUCCUGUCAAUUUCAAGUAUAGAACAUAUGAGCCUUGUUUUGUAAAUGACGAAAUAUCUUUACAAAUUGUGAAAAAUUCAGAUGAUCAUUUUGUCUUGAGUUUAUAUGAUAAGAAUUCAAGCAAAGUUUAUAUAGACGGAACUCUUCUAACUAAGGUAUAGAUAAUAAUACAUCUAAACUCAUG